AUGUCACUGGUGGGUAAACCGUUGGUUUAUAAAAAUUAUAGCACUGAUCAGAGGUUUCGACGGGUUCAGUGCAAGGUGCAUAAUUUUCUGGAACGACCACGUGGUUGGAAAGCUGCUGGUUAUCACUUUGCUGUACUUAUAAUGGUAUUGAUGUGUCUCGCGCUAAGUGUCUUCUCAACGAUGCCCGAUUUUGAAGAACAAGCAACUCUAAUACUUUAUUAUAUUGAAAUAGUGUUUGUAUUUUGGUUAGCGAUGGAAUAUAUAUUUCGGGUUUGGUCAUCCGGUUGUCGCUCACGUUAUCGUGGUAUAUCAGGCCGUAUACGUUUCGCUACCUCUGCUUAUUGCAUUAUUGAUAUUAUCGUUAUUACAGCAUCGAUAAUAGUUCUAUGUAUUGGUGCAACUGGACAGGUAUUUGCAGCAUCAGCAAUACGUGGCUUAAGGUUUUUUCAAAUUCUGCGUAUGUUACGCAUAGAUCGACGAGCAGGUACAUGGAAAUUACUGGGCUCUGUCAUUUGGGCUCAUCGUCAGGAAUUGCUCACAACUUUGUAUAUUGGUUUUCUUGGACUUAUCUUUUCAUCAUUUCUUGUUUACCUUUGUGAAAAAAGCACCAAUGAGAAAUAUUCAACAUUUGCGGAUGCUCUUUGGUGGGGAGUGAUUACUUUAUCAACUGUUGGUUACGGUGAUAAAACACCCGAAACAUGGCCUGGUAAAAUGAUUGCAGCUUUUUGCGCCCUUCUUGGCAUUUCAUUCUUUGCUCUUCCUGCUGGUAUUUUGGGUAGUGGAUUUGCUUUAAAAGUGCAACAGCAUCAACGUCAAAAACACUUAAUUAGACGACGUGUACCAGCUGCGCGCUUAAUUCAGUGCAUGUGGAGGCAUUAUGCUGCAACACCGGAAAGUUGCUCAAUGGCUACGUGGCGUGUUUACUUGGCAACAAUUAAUUCACCAAAUCAUGCCGUAAUAGGUUAUGGAAACGACAGAAUUGAACGACGUCGCCAUACAACGAGUUAUAAUUGGCCAGAGAAGAAAUCUUUACUGUGCGUGAAAUGUAGUCGUGGUGGUGGUGGUGGUGGUAGUGGUGGCAAUGGUUGCCAGCCAAGUUUGAUCAGUCGGAUACGGCAGAGUACAAAACGGCGUACAGGAUCUAAUGUGAUGAGUCAUUCAGAGAGUACACUUGAUCGUAAUGCCGGUGAUACGGUAGAACUGGGAAAAGUGAACCCAUUUAGCCACCACGGCAGUUCAAUCGUUCGAACAUUAGCCGUACCACGACAAAAUGAUGAUAUUAGUUUCAUAUCGGCAUCAGAUUACAGCGAAGUAGAAAGUCUUGGCGCUUUGGGUUUCAGUUUAAGUGGUUGGAAAGCAAAAGGUCGAAGCAGUACAAGUGCUGCAUAUAAAAAAAGCCACGAUGAUUCAUCUGGCGCAAAUAGAACCUUUAACACUACGACAUUAGUUGGAACUACUGAUAUUGAACAUCUGCAACCAUCAGGAGAAACCGCUGAACCAAACCAAUCGUUAUCAUUAUGCAAAUAUUUGACAGAAGAGGAUGGUGAUUAUAUGGUGGGUGAUUAUAAUUUGGUAAUAGCACCGCUCUAUCACUGGUGGGAAAAGAUGCAACAGAAAUAUCGAGAAUCGGAUGAACGUGAAGGAACAGAACAUACAAUGUGGGAUCAUUUAGGCUCCUGUGCAUCACUCACAAAAUCUCGACGUUUGCGCCGAGAACCCCAUCUUGACAUCUACAAUAUUGAUGAUGAUUCACCAUCAUUGCAACCAAAAUCAAUGGAUGAAUUUACUCCAUCGCUAAAAAAUGUCAUACGAGCAAUUCGACGUAUACAACUUCUUGUUGCAAGGCGUAAAUUUAAAGAAGCUUUAAAGCCAUAUGAUGUCAAAGAUGUCAUCGAACAAUAUUCCGCUGGUCAUGUUGAUUUACAAGCACGUGUGAAACAUGUGCAACAAAGGCUGGAUCAAAUUGUUGGAAAACCGAAAGAGGAAGUAAAAGUGUCCUUAACGCAUCGAGUAAUUAUUAUGGAAAUGCAGAUGCAAAAAAUUGAUAAAAAAUUGGAUUUAUUGCUUGAAAUAUUUUUGGGAAAUAAAAAUCAAAAAAAACAAUUAGGUGAUUAUCCAUUUCCAUUUCGAAUUCCAAACUCAGCUCCACAGCGUAUUAUAGCCAAUUCUGAACCUGGAACAUCUUCCACAACAAAGCUUGACAGUUCAGCUCCACAAUGUACUACAACAUCUUCAAAUGAUACGGAAAUGCUUCCAGCAUCCGACAAAUCUGAUGAAGACGAUGGACAGUUUCAGUCAAAUUGUCCCAUCUUGGGAGCCAACCUUUCGAGAAACUCCGAAAACUCAUUGAAUACGGGAUCAGCUCGAACACAGUUUUGGACACCACUGGAAACGCCAAACAAUAUCAAUCAAACGGCAGCUGUAUUAUCACAUCAUAUUGAUAGUAAUGAAUUGGAACCAUUAUUGGAUAAUCAAAAGGAUGAGAAGUCGAGUAGUACACGUAUUGAUUUCUUUUAA